UUUGGGCUUUGCUUCUCAUUUCGUUCGUGUUUAUCGUGCGGUUUUUUUUUGCUGCUCUGCUUAAACCGCCUGGGCACACUCAGCCGAACCAACAAGAUUUUUGUUAAGCAUUUUGUAAUAUAACUCCUGCAAAAUGGUUUGCGUGCCCUGCUUCAUCGUCCCGCUGCUGCUCUACAUCUGGCACAAAUUCGUCCAGCCAAUUCUGCUGCGCUACUGGAAUCCCUGGGAGAAGAAAGAUGCGGAGGGCAACGUAAUCAAGGCCGGGCCAGAGUUCCCGUUCGAGUGCAAAGGCGGCGUCUGCCCCUUCGUACCCGGCGGCACGAAGCAGGAGCAAAAUGCGAACGGAGAUCGAAUUGCAGGCGGAGCUGAAACAGGAGCUACAACAGAAACAACAACAGCAACAGCAACUACAACAACGGCAACAACAGCAGCCACAACAACAAAAUUGGAGCAAACGCCGUCUAGCACCCAGAUCGAAUCCAAGAAAAACAUAUAAGUUCCGAUAUAUGCGUUUCUGAUUCGUUCAACGGUAUUGCUACUUUUUUUUAUUUUUUGUUUUUGCUUUUUUUUUUUUUGCUUGCUUUGCUUUGCGUGCCUAUACUGUGUAUAUAAGCAUGCAACGAAUAUGAACAUAUGAUUACACACUGAUGGCACACAUAUUGAGCACGGUGCUCAUUCCACAUGAAGACUCAAAUCGGAACACAAUUUGGAUUCAGUCGCUGGAACCUGAUAUACAUACAUAUAGACGAACAUGUUGAACUUAAUGAUUAACCAAGGAACACACUAUUGAUUCAGACAAG